AGAAACCAAGAAGGAUGGUUUCAUACAUCAAAAUGAAGAAACAUCAACCAAAUAUUGUCAAACUCAGCUUGAGCAGCUCUCACAGUCCCUGAGAGAAGCCAUUUCUAAAGGCACCUUCUCUGUGCCAGGGGGUUACAAUCUUUUCAGGAAAGAAAAAGAAGAAAUAAUAAACAAUUAUCAUCAAAUGCCCAGGAAAGGACUUAAGGCAGAUGAGGUCCUCCAAAAGUUUCUACAGUCAUUGGCAGUGACAGAAGAUUCGAUCCUGCAGACAGAUCAAGCUCUCACUGAACAAGAGAAGGCCUUGCAAGUUGAACAGAUCAAAAGAGAAGCAGCUGAGAAAGAAAAGAAGCUGUUGAAACAGCAACAAGUUGAAAUGCAACAAAAGAUGGAAGCUCAGCAGAGAAGUUUUGAAGAAAACAUGAACCUAUUAAAAAGGAAGAUUGUGGAAGAUAGAUACAAGAUCCUGGAAGAAAAGAAAUUGAUUCUGGACUCUAAACUGAAGGAACAAGAGAAGCUGAUAAAGGAAGGUUUACAAAAGAAAGCUGAAGAGAUGAACAAAACAAUUGAAGUCCUACAAGCAAAGAUUAAGGAUAUUGAGAAUCAAAAUUCCAGCUGGCUGCCCAUGCUUUUAGAUACAGCUGGCACUAUAAUGAUGGUCAUGUUACCUGGUGAAGGAAAAAUCGCUGGCCUGCGGUUAAAGGCAUUAGCCACUUCUUUGUCCAAAUAGGUUUCAGUUUCCCCCCAAAAUUAUCAAGUAAUGCUAUCCCACCUAAAAAAAAAUAUGGAGUUAAGAUCUCCUUGUGUAUGAAUGUGAGGCUUUUGGAGAAUCCUGCUCCUUCAUACUUAGGCGUGGUCCUUAACACACAGGCUAUGUGGCAUAUCUCAGAGAGAGCAAAGCCUCAUUAUCCCUAACAGGGCAAUACUUAAAGUUAGGAGGACCUGAGUUCAAAUCUGAAAUUAGCCAAUUUUAGGCCUACUUCUAGGAACUUAAGCAAGUCAUUGAAAGUCUUGUGUUUUAGAUUUCUCAUCAUAAAAUGGGUUUUAUUUUCCUGAGGAUAAAGAGCAAAGUUAUUUUGAAACCAUAAUAUGCUACAAAAUGUUAACUAUUAAUUUUAUGAAAUGCUUUACUCUAGAGAUCUGCCCAAACUCACACUGAAGAAGUGACUUACACCAAGAACUUUUGACUGCAAAUAUGUUCUGACCACUACAGAGGUCAACCCUCUUCAGAGAACACACAGAAAUUUGCCUUGUGAUACUUAAGAUUUUUAAAAGUCCAAGUUGAGUAGUUCCUGAUUUCAAAAUCCCCACUUGUACUUUCAAGUUAUCAAUAGAAAGUGUUUUGGGUUUAAAAUGGGGAAGAUUGAUAAUCAGUACCUUGCAUGUUUAGCUUUAUAAUCACUUAUCAGCUGUCAGUUAUUUUAAUUGUAUAAAAAGUAACUCUGUGACUUAUUAGAAGAAUAUAGACCCAGUGAAAAUCUGUAUGUAACCAAAGUAUGAGGUAGUGCCAGGGAUAUUCUCGUGUUAGUGGUAAGAAGUAUAACUCUAAUCAUUAUAAAGCAUAUAGCCAUAUUAAUCAUUUUUAUCACGAAAUGUAAUGAGCUCUUGAGCUUAUGUUGGAAAAGGGUCCUGUGUGAGCCAAAAUCCUGCUUCAUUAAGUAGUGCACUGAGUAUAACAUAACUAAUCAGAUUGCAGUUUGUGUAAAUCAAGAGAACUAUAAAUAACUGUGACACUUGUAUAUCAGGAUCUCAGAUCAUUCUGGGAAGACUCUAGACUCUACCUUUGUUUCUCUUAAAGGGUGGUUUCUUUGCCCAGAAACACUUCUCAGUUUUUUUUUUCCUUACAAUUUUUGUCACAGAUCAGAGCUCAAAUGACAAUCCUGAUAUUUCCUUCCUAUGUGACUAAACUUGGAUAAGUCCCUUAACUUUCCCCAGGCUCAGUUUUCUCCUCUGUGAAAUAAACAGGCUGAGCUAGAUGAUCUCUUGUGACCCUUCUGGAUCGAAAACUUAUUUCUUUUUGGGUGAUGUUACAUAGGAAUCCCAGGAAUCCUGUCUCUACUGUUAUCGAGAAGAUGUUCAAUAUAUUGAAUUUCCUAGUCCAAUAAAUUGACUUUGCAAGUUGUGCCCUUAGAA